AUGGGAUUAUUACUGAUUUAUUUAAUCGGACAAGUGAUCUAUCUAGCACAAAGGAAGUUGAAAGGAAUGGAGAAAUCGUCUUACGCAGCAAGCUCAGCGGGUUCGUUGGUAAACUCACCACCCAUAUCUAUUGUAUCUUACUGUAUAUCUUCUAUUUUGAUGACAGUGACAAACAAAUAUGUGUUGUCAAAAGAUUUCAAACUUAACUUUUUAAUGUUGGCUGUUCAGUCGAUCGUUUGUAUUGUGACCAUCGGAACUCUCAAGGCAUUUGGUGUUAUUACAUAUAGACAGUUUAACAAGGAUGAGGCAAAGAAAUGGUCUCCAAUUGCGUUUUUGUUGGUUGCUAUGAUUUACACAUCGUCCAAGGCUUUGCAGUAUUUAGCUAUCCCGGUUUAUACUAUCUUCAAGAACUUGACCAUCAUCUUGAUUGCUUAUGGAGAAGUGUUAUGGUUUGGCGGUAAAGUCACGUCCAUGGCUUUGGGAUCAUUUUUGCUCAUGGUAUUGUCUUCAGUGAUCGCAUGUUACGGUGACUCUAGUGCAGCAAACUCCAGUUCUGCUACAGGUGUGGUUGAUAAUGACGCAGAGUUUUUCUUAGGCUACUUCUGGAUGUUCGCCAACUGUUUUGCUUCUGCUGCUUUUGUUUUGAUCAUGAGAAAGAGAAUAAAGUUGACUAAUUUCAAGGAUUUUGAUACCAUGUACUACAAUAAUUUAUUAUCCAUUCCAAUAUUGUUGAUCCUCACCUUUGCUGUUGAAGAUUGGUCUCCUGCCAACUUAGCAGCAACUUUCCCCCCGGAAACCAGAAAUAAGACAAUCAUUUCGAUGAUCUUUUCUGGUGCAUCGUCUGUAGCUAUUUCAUAUUGUUCAGCUUGGUGUGUUAGAGUGACAUCUUCAACAACCUAUUCAAUGGUUGGUGCCUUAAACAAAUUGCCAAUUGCUUUGUCUGGAUUGAUCUUUUUUGAUGCUCCCAAGAACUUUUGGUCGAUUUCAUCAAUUUUCGUUGGUUUUGCGGCUGGAUUAGUUUACACUGUUUCCAAACAAAAACAGCAAAAAGAAAAUUCACAACAACUUCCAACAUCUUCAAAAUAA